AAAUCGUUCUCUUUUCCUAAAACAAAUUUACUUUAACGCCUUUCUGCGAUUCGAACUCUCUCUCUCUCUCUCUCUCUGUUCUAAUUUCACCGAAAUGGAAAAAGAAAAGUUGAAGGCAAUGGAUGCAGAACAACUGAGAGAGUAUGGUCAUCAAAUGGUGGAUUUUGUUGCUGAUUACUAUAAAUCCAUUGAGGAUUUCCCUGUUCUUAGCCAAGUUCAGCCAGGGUAUCUUGGUAAGCUUAUACCUGACUCUCCUCCAAUUCAUCCAGAAUCUUUACAAGAUGUUUUAGAUGAUGUAAAAUCAAAAAUAUUUCAAGGGGUAACACAUUGGCAAAGUCCAGGCUAUUUUGCAUAUUUCCCUUCUAAUAGUAGUAUUGCUGGAUUCCUGGGUGAAAUGUUGAGCUCUGGCUUGAACAUAGUUGGGUUUAGUUGGAUAAGUUGUCCUGCAGCAACUGAACUUGAAGUAAUUGUUCUAGAUUGGCUUGCUAAGUUACUCAAGUUGCCUGAUGUCUUCCUUUCUACCGGAAAAGGAGGAGGCGUAAUACAGGGAACUGCUAGUGAAGCAGUUCUAGUUGCAUUAUUAGCUGCGCGUGAUAAAAUGUUGAAAUUAGUUGGUAAAGAUUCUCUUGGGAAACUGGUUGUCUAUUCAGCUGAUCAAACUCAUGCUUCCGUCAAAAAAGCUUGUCAGAUUGCAGGAGUCCACCCUGAAAACUUCAGGAUCUUGAAGACCAAUCCAUUGAGUUCAUAUGCUCUUUCUCCUGAAGUAGUUUCUGAAGCUGUAUCGCAGGAUGUUGCUUCUGGUUUAAUACCUCUUCUAUUAUGUGCAACUAUUGGUACAACCUCAUCAACAGCAGUUGACCCGUUGCCUGCUCUUGGAAAGAUCGCUAAGAGUAAUGGAAUUUGGUUUCACGUUGAUGCUGCCUACGCUGGAAGUGCUUGUAUCUGUCCUGAAUACCGCCACUAUCUCGAUGGUAUUGAAGAAGCGGACUCAUUUUGUAUGAAUGCACAUAAAUGGUUCCUUACCAAUUUCGAUUGCUCAGCGCUCUGGGUUACGGACAGAGCUGCUCUUAUCGAAUCAUUGUCCACUUAUCCAGAGUAUUUGAGAAACAAAGCUUCAGAAACAAAUACAGUUGUGGAUUAUAAAGAUUGGCAAAUUCCACUCGGUCGUCGAUUCAGAUCUCUGAAACUGUGGAUGGUUUUGAGGUUAUACGGCCAGGAAGGCUUACAAGCAUACAUUAGAAAUCAUAUAUCUUUGGCAAAACGAUUUGAAGACCUUGUUCGUCAGGAUUCAAGAUUUGAGGUGGUUACACCUAGGACAUUUGCAUUAGUAUGUUUCCGGCUGUUGCCUCCUGAUGAUGAUGAAAGCCAGUGUGAUAAGCUCAACCGUGAGCUCUUAGAAGCUGUAAAUUCUACCGGAAAGAUUUUCAUUUCUCACUCGGUUUUGUCUGGCAAAUAUAUGUUACGCCUGGCUGUUGGAGCACCACUAACCGAGAAGAAGCACAUAGAUGCAUCAUGGGAGAUAUUUCAAGAAAAGGCCACCAUUUUAUUGAAGCCAUUUCAAAAUGGCACCCAUAUUUGUUCAAAUGGUUCUAACUAGGAUGAAGAGACAAAACUUACAAUCUGGUGUUGCUAACUGCAAUCCCAUUCAAAUCUUCAAAAUAUACAAAAUAUUAAUUUUAUAGGUAUGUUUUGCCGUCUUUCAUUCCUCUUCAAACCUUGACCGUAGUUUUUAUAAGCAGGAUACAUUGGGUAUAAUAAUGAUGAUUCAUAUUUAUAGAUGUCCACUUUAUGAAGAACUUUUAUACUUUGAAUGUACUUUAUAGACUGCAAAAAUGCAAAACUUCCUAAGAACUCUUAUUUAUCGUUAUUCACUUAUUUGGCUUAGCUUAGAUCAUUGGAAAUCGUACAAAAUACAAACUUGACGUGCAAAAUUUAGGUCGUUGUAUUUUAUCAAUUGACUCGUAAAUAUUCUUAAAUAGAUGAAACUUAUACUACCUCACCUUAAAGGCGUAUUUUAGACUCAUACUAUAACUUGUGGUAUAAUUGUUAUCAUAAUCCAGAAUGAAUCCACAAUUUACGCUAUUAUGUCUUUAUUACAUAAUUCUGAAUGAGUCCACAUUUUAGACUGAUGAACAACAUCGAAGCUAUACGCAUUAUCUACUCCUUUUGUCUUCCUGAUAAUGCAAAAAUUUAUAAUUGCACGAGAAUUAAGAAAAUACAGUGAGAUAAUUAAAUUGCGUGGAUAUAAUUGAAAAGUAGAAAAACUAAAAUGAGAUGUGAAUAAAAAUUGAAGCAAUGGUGAAGGCGCCCAAAAUAGAUCUUUCAUCGACUUUUCAAAGCUUCAAUGUACAAUCCAAUCAGAGUACUAGCUGAGAGUCACUUACAUUUGUUUAAUUUGCUUAACAAAAAAUCAAAUACCCCUCCCUCUUGGAGUAUAAUUUGCUUAUACUCUAAGUA